AUGGCCGCAAACUCAACCACCCCAGCCACGGUCAGCGAUGUCCCUCCCGCCGACUCCUCAUCGCCGCCUCCACCGUCUGCUACCACCUCUCUGCAGGCAGCUGCCACAAUGAACGCCGGGCUACAGCAGGAGUUGUCUCGUCGCUCCUCGAAUGGUUCCAUCAGUCGCCAGCGGCAGUCCCCCUUUAGCGGACGCCGGCGUUCCACCGUGCUUAUGAACCUGCAGCACAAUGACCCUUCGUUACCUGCGCCGGGUGAGAUCGUCAGUGAGGAGAGAUCUGGCAGAAGCCCUCAACUCAUGUCAGGAUCGCCUCUCCUGGUUGGCGGAGAUCCCCACCACAGCAGAGCCCCCAGCCUCGGAGAGCUACAUCAGGAGCUUGAAGCGGAACAAGAGGCGCAAGUUAAUCGCCUCUUGCAGAUGAUUCGACAGCAGCAGCUCGAACUGCAACGUCUUCAAGCGUCACAGGGCCAGACUGUGUCGUCCAUCGCUGCAGAAGACCCUCUACCUGCACCAGAGCGGCCCAAUGUGGCCGUGGUAUCACAGUCGCCGCAGCAGAUCUCUGCGGCUUCCACACCCCGGUCGCCGAUCACUCCCCAUCAUCGAGGGUCGCUGGAUCUUGCUCGGGAUGCGCUUCGCCGUCGCUCAAGAACUCCGAGUCGCGGGGCCCCCUCACCCCGACUGAGGUCGUCAUCCAUCAGCAACGAGGGUGGUGACCUACUCCCUAUGGGAACUCGUGAUGAAACCGCUUUCUAUCAGGCUGAGACAUCUUCACUGAUUCGGGAGAACCAGAUGCUACGGCACAGAAUUCGCGAAUUGGAACGUCAACUCAGUGAAGCCUCUAUCAACUCACCGACGACCACUCACGAGCCAACGCAGCCGUCACAGCUAUUGCAGUCAACAUCAAUCGCAGAAGGAGAAAACUCUAGUCAAGCGACCGGCACGGGCAAUCUCACAUCUACUCUGCCACAUCGAGCAGUGGAGAGUUCUGAUAGUACGCCGAAGUGA